CCACUCGAAGUGCAGAUCUGCGCCUGUGACUGCGCUGCGCUGCGCCGCUCCGUGUGCUGUCCCGGUACCGUUUAUUUCACGCAGUCUGCCUGCUUGCACUGAUGCGUGCUAAAAGCAACAGGAACGCUCAUUCUGUACCGAACCAUGAGUUUUGCUUAGCCCGUAUGUUUGCCUUACAAAGCACCGGAGCAACAGAAUUCUUCUGAACAUCGUCCCCGACUUCUCCAAUGGACUGACAGCAAAGAGCAGACAAAAUCUGUAUUGUAAAUUCCAAAAGUCUGAUAAAGGACAUGAUUCAAACUGUUCCUGACCCUGCAGCCAACAUCAAGGAAGCAUUGUCAGUGGUAAGUGAAGACCAGUCACUGUUCGAGUGUGCAUACAGCGCCCCCCAUAUUUCUAAAACGGAGAUGACAGCAUCUUCCUCCAGCGAAUAUGGGCAUUCAGCAAAGAUGAGUCCCCGUGUCCCUCAACAAGACUGGCUGUCUCAGCCACCAACAAGAGUCACCAUCAAAAUGGAAUGCAACCCCAGUCAUGUCAAUGGUUCCAGGAACUCUCCUGACAACUGCAGCAUAGGAAAAGGAGGGAAGAUUGUUGGUGGCUCAGACAGUGUUUCCAUGAACUAUGGCAGCUACAUGGAAGAGAAACACAUUCCUCCUCCUAAUAUGACAACCAAUGAGCGAAGAGUCAUUGUGCCCGCAGAUCCUACUCUUUGGACGACUGACCAUGUUCAACAGUGGCUGGAAUGGGCAGUAAAGGAAUACGUCCUCUUGGAUGUAGACAUCUCCCUGUUUCACAACAUUGAUGGGAAAGAACUCUGCAAAAUGAGCAAGGAGGACUUCCAGAGACUAACGCCCGGUUACAAUGCAGACAUCCUCUUGUCACACCUUCACUACCUCAGAGAAACUCCACUCCCUCACUUGACUUCAGAUGAUGUUGACAAAGCCUUACAAAACUCUCCUCGGCUAAUGCAUGCCCGUAACACAGGGGGAGCAGCUUUUAUUUUCCCCAACUCAGUGUAUCCUGAUACAACGCCAAGAGUGGCAGCUAGACCAGAUUUGUCAUAUGAAGCAGCAAGACGGUCAGUAUGGACACCACACUCUCUGCCACCUAGUAAAGGUACCCAGGCACCAUCAUCAGCUGUCACCAAAACCGAAGAGCAGCGUCCCCAGCUAGAAUAUCCAACAAGGAGACCAAACCCAUACCCUCCUACAAGAGCCCAAGUCACCAGAAGAAACCUGCACAAAUUCAAUCCCUACCAAAUUCUUGGACCAACAAGCAGCCGCCUUGCAAAUCCAGGGAGUGGUCAAAUUCAGCUUUGGCAGUUCUUACUGGAGUUACUGUCAGACAGCUCCAACUCUAACUGCAUCACAUGGGAGGGCACCAAUGGUGAGUUCAAGAUGACAGACCCUGAUGAAGUGGCCCGGCGCUGGGGAGAACGUAAGAGCAAGCCCAACAUGAACUAUGACAAACUAAGUCGUGCUUUGCGCUACUACUAUGACAAGAACAUCAUGACCAAAGUGCAUGGCAAGAGAUAUGCCUACAAGUUUGAUUUCCAUGGCAUUGCCCAAGCCUUGCAACCACACCCUCCAGAAUCGUCAAUGUACAAGUAUCCAUCUGACCUUCCCUAUAUGAGUUCAUAUCAUGUUCACCAACAAAAGAUGAACUUUGUUGCUCCACAUCCACCAGCCCUUCCUGUUACGUCCUCCAGCUUUUUCUCUGGUCCUAACACAUACUGGAAUUCGCCACCUGGAAGCAUUUAUCCUAAUACUCGGCAUCCCCCUACUCAUAUGCCAUCUCAUCUUGGCACAUACUAUUAAAAGUCAGGUUUUGUCAACUGUGGCAAUAAAUAAUGGACCUUUAUAGAAGGCAAACCUAAGUAAAUACAGGGCAAAAAGAAAAAGGAUGAAAAGGGAUAGAAAAGGUCAUACAGUACAUGCCUGUUGGCACAGAGAAUGAUAGUUAGUAGGUUUGGACAUAUAUGUUAUUCCAGGAUGUUUGAAAAACUGAUAUAUGAAAAACCACCAAACAAUGCAAUAAAUGAAGAGAUUGAAGGAAAGAGCAUGUAGAUGCAAGGGACUGUGGAAGAAACGAAGAAGAAGGAGAAGAGAUCUGAAGUGUAAGACAUGUAUAACCCAUUAUGAUGAGCUUACUAGAGGAACUACACAAUAACUGCAUGACUUUAUUAUGAAAUAUAUAUGAAAAUACCUUAUUUAAUAAAUCCAACAUAUCAGAGUGAAUGGCAAAGUAGAAAAGAGGCACAUCCACUGAAAGCCAUGAAAAAGACAAAGGGAGACUUCUUUUCUAUGUGUAUUUUAUAAGAGGAGGGGUUUUUUAGCCUUACAGUAUCAAAAUGUGAAACAAAUGAAAUGGUUAUAGGAUGUUUUAUUUUGUGGAGAGCACAAGACUUUUGAGCCAUAUGACAAAAUGAGGAGGUUUGGUGGUUUGACAAAGAUAAAAUGAAGAUACUGUCUGAAGCUGGAUGUACAUGAAAAGCAACAAUGUUUCAAGAAACAGGAACUGCAUGAUGAAGAAUGAGACUGCACUCAAAACCAACAACUGGACCAUAAAGUAUUCUUUAUUUUGGGCACGUAGUGCCAACGUUAUCAGUAUUAAACUACUAUUUAUGGUGGUGCAUAUGGCAUUAUUGAAGUUAAACUGAUUACUUGAGUAAUCUUGGUUUUACAGGGGGGGGGGGGGAGUGUAACCUAGAAAUAUGUAUCACUUUCUCUCACUCUAUCAAAUUUGAAAACUGGAAUAUGAGCUGCCUUUUAAAAUUUUCUGUAGACCUCAAAUGUUUUAAGGGAAUCUUCUCUUUUGCCUCUAGAGGGUGCAGGUAUUCCCCUUUAUUGCCAAAAUGAAUUCUCAAAAGUGCCAAUUUUAUCUUUGGUUUUUUUUUUUUUUUUCUGAGUCGCGAACGCUGUGCGUUUGUUAGAUGAACUUUACAAUGCAGUGUUAUUUUGUUCUCUUUUUAUAUUAUAAUUAUGUAACUUAUGCAUUUAUACACUACGAGUUGAUCUCGGCCAUCUGAAAUCGAAGACCAAAGUAAAAAAAACAAAAAAAAGAAAAAAAAAAACAAGCAAUAAAUAUAGAAA